AUGGUUCAGAAUCUAAAUGUCACUCCGGACGCACAAAUCCAGCCUCUAUUCCUGCAGGCUUUUAAUUAUGCCGACAAAACCAAUACCCUGAGGCUAGAGGACUGGCUCUCGAUCCUGACGCUCUGUUUGUCUCCCUUGAUUGCCCAUGUUCUUUCGGGUGUUCCGACCGUGGUACGACGAUGCCCGAGUCCCCCGACGUGGCUCGACACGCUUUGCCUAUACAAUCCCACCACCAUCCUAUGGCGAUACCUCGCCAUUGUGGAACGCCGAGUGAGAUACCGACAUCAUUGGGAUGCAGCGGACAUGGCAGCCACUAAUGCGCUCUUUUGGACGUCACACGGCUUCGAUGGCUCCGAAGACAUGAUGAGGCAGAGCCGAAGCUUCUGCGCGCGCAUCCCACGUCAUCACCGCACGGAAAUCUGGUCAAUAGAUUCUAUUAAGACUGUCAUCAUCACUCUACAGGGUAUCCAAGCCCUCGUCGUUCUGGUUCGCGGUGUGCUAGCGUUAGCCAAUAUUGGCAAUCAACCGUACAACGCAACCAUCUCUAUGAGCACUAUUUUUUACCCUCUUGCUGUUAUCGGUCUCCUUCGGCUGUUCGCUGCCCCCUGGUUGACCGAGGAUUAUGCCUACCAGGAGCACGAAACGUAUGAGAGUAACAGGACUUUGGCGCAGCAUAUCACGCAUCCUCCUUCUUCGGAUGGCGCUUCCUAUGCUGCUGUUCCUACCGGCCCUGACACCAAAAAUGCGACGUCCUCAAAUGCAUCACUGCUACCCAGGAGCUCGAUGGCUGUCUGUGAUCAGUCGCCCGAUGUUUAUACUCGUCCUAAGGGACUCCAUCUUCCCACUCUGGCGGUUGUUGUGAUCGUGCGUUGCUGCUAUCUUGGCCUCUUAUGUGUCAUCCUGGCUAUAUCUGUGUGCUAUAUGAUCCCGUACAAUGGGGCGAGUGAGAUGCUGACGCACGCAACGUCCUCAGCCGUUCUUUGGCUUCUUAUUUUCAUGUAUAUUGUGUUCAAUCUGGUUUCUAUCAUUCUCUUCGUCAUUUACCUCAUCCAGCGCGGCCGGGACACAACGACCGUCAUCCCAUGCCUUCGUACAUGGUGGUACCGGGCUUAUACGCUGGUCUUCAUUGCAGCCGCCGUUGCGUUGAUCGUUCUUUCUGGGGUCUACACGCGGCGAACAUCAUGCGGGCAGCUGACCGUUUUCCCACCCUUGUUUGAUCAGCAGGUAUGCAAUGGUACGCCCAUGCAGGUAGACAAGGGUACGGGACCGUUCGGGAUAGUCACUCAAGCGCCAGGUCUCACGCCAGAGACUUGGAUCUUACCAUUGGAGGGAUGGUGCUCUGGGACCUUGACGGGUGAGAUUUUCCCAGUCGUCUCUGUUUCAUGAUGUGUUUGUAAAGAUCUUGUAGAAUGCUG